GUAGUCGUUUUCCUGGUGACUACAUUUCCCAGAAACUGACAGAUGACGCGCAUGCGCUGUGUCAGACAGUGCCCUGAUGGAGACAGCUCGGGGACUAGGAGUGAAGAUCUAGAAUUGUAUUUAUUUGCAGCCUAAAUCUCUGAUAAUAAGAACCCUUAGGGAUCAACAUGAGCUGAGUGUCCGCCGUCCAUAUAAGUGGGAUCACAACCGGACCAGUGUGUUGCAGGAGGGGCAUGCAGGGCCACACGCGGCUCUUCUCCUGUGCCAUGCGUUUGUUCCUGCGAUGUUUCCGGUUCGGCCGGAGGCAUGGCCGCAGUAAGCUGCUGAAGAGAGCCGGGGAGCUGUGGAGCUACGGGAAGCUGUGUGCAAAAUCACUGUUCUACAACUCCCUCACAAACAGUGACGUCGUCAUCGACUCGCUGUUUGAACCCAUCUACUGGCUGGUGGACCACGUCACUCGCUGGUUUGGGGUGGCGUUUGUGUUCUUGGUAAUUGUACUGACCAGCUCCAUCGUGCUCAUUGUAUAUAUCUGCUUGCUGCCUCUCAUCCUGGACACCUACAGCCCAGCCUGGAUCAUCUGGCAUGUCUGCUACGGGCACUGGAACCUGCUCAUGAUUGUCUUUCAUUAUUACAAGGCAGCCAGGACCUCACCGGGCUACCCUCCCCAGAUGAAAACUGACAUUCCUUCAGUAUCCAUCUGCAAAAAGUGUAUAGCACCCAAACCACCCAGGACACACCACUGUAGCAUCUGCAACAGAUGUAUACUGAAAAUGGACCACCACUGCCGUAUCCUUUUUCUAAAGAUCAGUGCCUGGCUCAAUAACUGUGUGGGCCACUUUAACCAUCGCUACUUCUUCUCGUUCUGCCUCUUCAUGACGAUGGGCUGUCUGUACUGCAGCAUCAGCAGCCGCGACAUGUUCAUUGAUGCCUACAAUGCUGUAGAGCAGAUGAAGAGUGCUGACCGCUUGAGGCUCAGGGUGACAGUGUCUGAGGUGGGGCUGCCAUUCAGUAUUGUGUCUCUGGGAACCUUAGCAGGGCAGACAUACUACCAGACUCCACCCCCUCCCUUCACCUUCAAGGAGAGGGUGUUUCACAAGUGCAUCAUAUACCUAUGGGUGCUCUGCAGCUCGGUGGCACUAGCUCUGGGAGGUCUGACUCUGUGGCAUGCAAUGCUCAUCUCCCGGGGAGAGACCAGCAUUGAGAGACACAUCAACCACAAGGAAAAGCACCGGCUUCAGAAGGGCAAGGUUUUCCAGAAUAUUUUCCACUAUGGUCGAAUGAAUAACUGGAAGGUGUUCUUUGGAGUGGAGACAAAAAGUCACUGGCUGACUCGAGUUCUCCUGCCGUCGGCACACCCUCCUUAUGGAGAUGGCCUGACCUGGACCCACUCUCCAACCGCCACCAGGAGAACCUUGCUGGCGGUCUAACCCUGUCUUCUAAUUUCAUCAGGAACAAGUACUAGCCAUCUCACCAUCCCUCCUGGUCCCAUUAUUGAGGACUGUAAUGCUUACCUGGAGGGUCCACUCUAGACAAGACCGCCUUGUAACCCACCCAGCUGUCAUCUCUGCCAAAUACAGGUCAGAGAGACCUCUGUUUGAUUUUAGUGUUUGUGUGGAAAUCCCAGUGUUCAUAUUUUCUUAUUAUGCAAACCCCUCUGUGUAGUUUUGUUGUAUCCCAUCCCUUUCUUCCAUUAUUUUUAAGUGUUUUAUCUUGUCUGUACGGGGCUUGUUUUUAUUGAAGUACUGUAAAGUGAGCAUUUAGGCUGGAGUGGGUGUAAAGGUGACCUUGACAGGAGCUUGGUGUGAGGUGCGUCUAACAGGGGAAGGUUGAUUAAGCCAGGCCCUCCAAGACAGUGCCCAGCUACAGGCGACGUGAACAGCAGCUAACAAGUUGCAACUGGACCCUACUCACUGUGUUGCUAUUGCACCUUGGGGCCCAAACGAAGCAAUAAAUGUGUGCAUUCCAGGCUGCUACAAUUUCGACCCCACCCCGACUGAAUGAAAUUUGAAUUGGAGAUGUACAUUUUCUGUGGAUGUUUGUUAAAAAGUUACUGUGAUUUUGAUAAUUAAAAAAUAACCCCUUUUUUUAAAUAAAUUAAAUCUUCAAGGUG